AGUAUUUAGAUGUAGAAAGAUGUUCUUGAAAAGACAAAAACAUAAAACUCAUUCAAACAAACUAUUGAUUACUCUCAUCACUCUUUGUCCCAAAAUCCACACCUCAUUCUUUAUAUACACAUACAAAACACACACAUAUAUACAAAUCUCUUAGUGUAUGUAUAGACUAUAGAGCCUUAGAAUAUAUGCAAGGAACAGAAAUAUGGGCAGUUUUGGAUUGCAUUGCUCCUCAGUAAAGCCUUCUUCAUAUCCCCCCAAAAUCAACCAUCAUUCUCACUCUUCUCUCUCAUUUUCCUCCUUCACUUUAAAGCCGCCAUUUUCGAAGAGGAUCAAGGAGGCCUCAUUGAGAUUGUUGGAUGCAUUUGUAGAUUCUGCAUUCGAGUUUCUUGAUCAGCCCUUAUUCCCAUCUCAGAGCAAUUUUUCUCCGGUGGAAGAGAUCGGAGAAGCAGUAGACGUGACGGAAUCGGUAAUCGGAAAAAUCCCAGAUGAUUUUCCGGCGGGAGUUUAUAUCAGAAACGGACCAAACCCCCUAUUCGGAGGUUUAAAAUCGACAAAUUCCAUAUUUGGAAAGUCUAGCCACACUUGGAUAGAAGGAGAAGGAAUGCUUCAUGCUCUAUACUUCUCUAAACAUGGUGAUGGCAGAUGGGAGGUUUCGUACAGAAACAGACACGUCGAGACAGACACUUUCAAGCUAGAAAAGGCGAGGAAGAAACCGGCAUUUCUCCCUGCCAUAGAAGGGGACUCUCUAGCUGUGCUCUCUGCUUAUCUACUUAACUAUUUGAGAUUCGGGUUCGUGAACAAGUAUCUGAGCAACACCAGUGUGUUUGAGCACUCCGGGAAGCUCUACUCAGCUGCCGAGAACCAUAUCCCUCAAGAGAUGGACGUUUUCACGCUUGAAACGAGGCGAAAUUGGGAUGUGAAUGGAUCUUGGAAUAGGCCAUUUACCAGCCAUCCAAAGAGGGAUCCAGACACGGGAGAGCUCGUGAUCAUGGGGAUUCAUCCAGAAAAGCCUUACUUGGAGCUGGGAGUGAUCUCAGUUGAUGGAGAUAAACUGCUUCACAGAGUCGAUCUCGGGCUCGACAGAUGUUGCCUUUGCCACGAAAUAGGGAUCACGACGAGGUAUAAUGUGAUCAUGGAUUUCCCUCUGACCUUGGACAUUAACCGACUGAUACGAGGCGGGCCUCUGAUAGAGUACAAUGGGGAGGAAUAUGCAAGGAUUGGCAUCAUGCCUCGUUACGGAGAUCCCGAUUCUCUCAGGUGGUUCGACGUGGAGCCGGGCUGCACGUUUCACAUCAUCAACUGCCACGAGGAAGGCGAUGAGGUCGUGGUCGUGGCGUGCAGGGCUCGGGGCUCCAUCAUACCGGGCCCCGAGUUCGGCCUCAACAAGCACGAGUGGUUCUCAAAGGGGUUCCACAAGCAGAUCACCGGUGAUGCAGAGGAUGCGCCUUUUCUUUCGCGUGUUUACGAGUGGAGGCUCAACGUGCUCACGGGCCACGCGGCCGAGAGGAACCUCACCGGAGCCGACUACUCGAUGGAGUUCCCAAUCAUCAAUGAUAAGUAUAGCAGCAAAAUUUGCAACUAUGGCUACACACAGGUGGUCAGCCCCAAGGCCAGCUCCACAUCAGGCAUGACGAAAUACGGAGGGCUAGCCAAACUUCAUCUACGAGAGAGGAAACGAGGCGAUGGGGGGCUGAUAAAGGUCGAGCACCACGAGCUCCCGGAGAACACCUUCUGCUCGGGGGCUGCUUUCGUGGCCAAAAGGGGAGGCGGGGGUGCAGACGAGGACGAUGGAUGGAUCGCUACAUACGUGCAUAACGAAGACGCAAACACAUCUCAUGUGCACAUAGUUGAUGCCAAGAAUUUCUCCGGUGAGGCCGUCGCGGUCAUCGAUCUUCCGAGCAGGGUGCCUUAUGGAUUUCAUGGAGCUUUUGUCACAUUUUGACAGCAGAAUCUAUGGAGGUGAUUGAGCAGUAUAUGAGAUUAGGAAACAAUAGUUCACUUUGUAAAAUGCUAAAAAUGUGACCUAGUGUUAGGACAGAUUUUGUGAGGCUGUCUAAAUCUUGAACAUUAGUGAAAGUUGUUGUAAAAUUUCAAUGGAUGCUGUUUUUGUAUAUUAAAGCAUCAAAUAAAGAUAACAUUCUAUA